UAAAGUAUAUUAUAAUAGAUGUUCAUUAUUUUUAUAUAAUCUAAAAUUGAUCUAUUGAUUAUUCUUCUAAAACUUUAGAAAUGUAAUGAAUUAUUUGUUACUAUAAUAUUUUUAUUGAUGAAUAAUAGAUGAAAAAGGUAUAGAAUAUAGAACAAAAUAUUUUGCAUAUGAAAAAAUAAUUGAGAUUUAAAAAAUAUAUUUUAUUAAAAUUUGGGAUGUCAUCGGGAUCGCAUUUAAGCAAAGAAUUACAUGAUUUGAUCAAAUCGAUAGGAGAGACUCGUAGCAAAUAAGAANGUACAACUUUGAAAACAAAUUUUUAAAUUAAGAUUUUUAUUUUAAUGGCAGAUUAGGAGUAACCAUAAGCACCAGCACCAGAAUAAGAAUAAGCAGCCCCAGUAGAAAAGAAAGGAUUCGGAAGAGGAGGAAGAGGAUAAAGAGAAAGAAGAGAAGGAGGAGCUCCAAGAUAAAAUAGAGGUCCUAGAAGAUUUGGUGGUGAAUAAGAGUGGACACCAUUGACAAAAUUAGGAAGAUUAGUGAAAGCUGGUAAAAUUAAGAGUCUCGAAACUAUUUUCUAAUUUUCUAUUCCAAUUAAGGGUAUGAAAUAUCAAUAACAUAAUUUAGAAUAUCAAAUAGUAGAUCACUUCCUUAAGAAUUUGAAAGAGGAACCACUUGCAUUAGGUCCAGUUUAAAAGCAAACUUGUGCAGGAUAGAGAACAAGAUUUAAGGCCUAUGUAGUAGUUGGAGAUGGUCAUUAACAUAUUGGUUUGGGAUGGAAAUCAGCCAAAGAAGUACAAGGAGCAAUUAAAGGAGCAGUAAUUAAUGCUAAGCUCAAUUUAAUUCCAGUUAGAAAAGGAUAUUGGGGAAAUAAGAUUGCUUAACCCCAUACUGUUCCAUGCAAAGUUACAGGAAAGGAAGGAUCAGUCAGAGUUAGAUUAGUUCCAGCACCUAGAGGUACUGGUAUUGUGGCAGCCAUUACAUCUAAGAAAGUCUUAUAGAUGGCUGGUAUCUAAGAUUGUUACACUCAAUCUAAAGGAAGCACAAGAACAAGAUCAAACUUUUUGAAAGCAACAUUCCAUGCACUUAAAGAAACAUACAAUUUCUUAACUCCAGAUCUUUGGGGACACACCAAAUUAGAAUCAACACCAUUUUAAGAACACAGUGAAUACUUGGCUGCAUUAAAAUGAGAUAAAGUAUAUUAUAAUA